CGGAAAAGUUAAGAAAAGAAGCUUCGUUCUCAGGUAGAAAGCUAGUUAUGGAUUCGCCAUGAAACCUUUUCUGUGUACAAUUUGUGGCAAGCGGCGGUUUGCCACAGAUUAUGGCCGAGCUGAACAUCAAAGAGCCCUACAUGGUAUUAGAGGUAUCUAUUUUGUACCCAUAAGUGCAUAAACAAAGGUGUUUGAGCGACGAGCGCUAAUCGGAAGAGGACCUUUCGCAUUCUUGGGUAGUGGUUUUGCCCGUGUCUUGGGGAAAUUGUCUCUAUAGGAGUAAAGACAUUGUGCAAUUAUUACUACAAAUACUGUAGCGUCUAGGAAGAUUUAGGGGGAAAAAGCAUCACUUCCGGUAAGAGUCCGUCGCUCAAAAGAAAAGUUGCGUAUUUUGCAUAACUCAGUCGGUCUCUACUCUGGGAUACUACCUUGGUACUUUUUGAAUUAGUUAAAAUGCUUUGUAUCAGUCGGAAAACCUUAAAUCCCUCUGGAUUAAAAUGGAACCGAAAGCAAUUUCAAUUCGGCUUCCCCCCAAAAAUGACGUAAUUGUUUGGUUGCCAGUUUGAUCAGGCAGGGAUGAGGUAGUCGAUCAUUUAACGAAAAGGGGGGAGGGGUGGAUGAAACUAGGCUUAGCUAGGCUUUGAUAGACUGUGCUGGCAUACGUUUUGGCAUAAUUCGUCAUUACGAGCAUAAUUUUUAUGCUUUUCCAAAAAAAAAAGCAGUGAAAGCAUAAUUUGCACUUUGGGCUAGUUUUGCGGCACAAAAUUGUCAUUUAUUGAUCAUGCGACCAAUUUCCUUAGUACUUACUAGCUACGGCCUUCUUGUAUGCUCUUAAAAGUUCUUGUCAAGGUGAGAUGUUGGGCAGAUAAUCUAGAAAAUUCAUGACGCAUAAGGCAGUACUGUUACAACCCAAACAUUUGGCUGAAUAAUAUUGAAUUAUAUUGUUUGUCAACUUUCAGGAGAAAGGUCAAUCCCUUGUUCAUAUCCAUUUUGUACCCGUAAGCGUAAAUUUCGACACGAGUUUGACCUAAAGCAACAUCUGGAGAACCCUGGCAAGUGGCAUGAGAGAAAAGGU